AUGUGGAAGGUGCGGCCAGCGCACAGCUGCUUCGGGUGCUGCACCCUCACCGUGGGGGUGGAGGCUACCUGCUUCCUCUCGCUGCUGGUGCAGGUUACCAUCAUCUCCCUCUGUUCCUCUGCGGAGACCCUGUCGCUUGUGGGCUUGAAGGUGUCCCCGCAGAUUCAAGUGAUCUGUGCCUCCUGGGCCCUGGCAGGAAUCCCCGUGGUCAUCGCCGCUGGUGUUGGCGUGCUCUACCACGUGGACCACCUGUUGCGGACAUUCUUCUGGUACUUGGUCAUCAGCUUUCCCCUGGGCAUUUCUGUGCCUGCUUGGCUGCUGCUCUCUGGCAAGGUGUGCGACAGUGUGGUCGAAGACGAGAUCCAACGUCUUGGCUCCGCCUUCGUCUGUGGCUUCACGGAGACCUUUGUGUUCAUGUGGACGACAGUGGCCGCCUUGCUGCAUGCGUAUUUGAUCUACGUGGUGUGGUCCGCCGCAGAGGAGAUCACUGAGAUGACUUACAACUCCGUGGCCCUCUCGGCAUACUCCAACAAGCUCCAGUUCAUGGCAAGCAUGGGCGAAGCGGCAGCGCCAGGGAUGCCAUCGGUCCCGGUGAUGAUGCCCGGGCUGACAGCGAGCCGCGCCAUGGCGGAGGAAGACCUUAGGGAGGAGGCUGCGCCUCGGGCGACGGAGGCCUACGUCAUCGCGGCCCAGGGGCAGGCUCUGGAGCUCCAGUGCAUCCUCCUACCACCCAUGACAGAAACGUUGGUGGAGGUGGAGAUAAGCCAUUGUGGCCUCAGCCGCGCGGACAUGCACAUGCGUGACAAUGCCUGGGGGGUCUCCGACUUCCCCCUUGUUGUUGGCCAUGAAGGCUAUGGCACCGUCAGCAAGGUUGGGAGCAAGGUUCAGAGCCUCAAAGUAGGGGACAAGGUGGGAAUUGGCUGGAUACGUGAUUCAUGCAGACUCUGCUCCGCCUGUGGCGAGGGCAGUGAGCAUCUGUGUGAGAGUGGGUACCAAGGAACAUUCCUUGGCAGCUCUGCAGGCCCUUUCGGCAAAAUACCGAGCAAUGAAUUCGGCGGCUGCUUCUCAAGGAUCGUCCGCAUCGAAGAGUCCUUUGCGUUUUUGAUCCCCCCAAAUCUGCCGCCCGAAGUGGCGUGCCCCUUGAUGGGCGCAGGCACCACCAUGUACGAACCCUUGUGCACCUGGGUUAAGCCCGGAGCCAGUGUAGGCAUUGGCAGCCUUGGCGGCCUCGGCACGCUAGGGGUGCUGCUUGCAAAGAAGAUCGGUGCAAAGGUCACCGUUUUCAGCCAGAAUCACGAGAAGCGUCAGAGAGCCCUCGACCUGGGGGCAGAUGAUUUCGUGGAUACUUCGAGCACCAUCUCGAUGCUCAGGGCUGCGAACAGCAUCGAUGUCUUCAUAGACACUUGCCCGGUGAACCAGGACCUCGAUGAGAUGCUGAGGCUCUGUAAAAUCAACGGCACCCUUGUUCGAGUCGGCAUCCCUUUUGUGCAGGAAGAGGCUCGGGCAAGCUGGCACCCGCUCAUCUUCUCUGCUAAGAAGGUCACAGGCUCCAUUGCCUGCGGAACGAAGCACACCAAAGAGAUGCUUCACCUGGUGGCCAACGACGACUUUUCGAAGACGCCUUGGGCAGUUGCCAAGGUCAUGCCAUUCUCAGAAGUGAACGAAGCCAUGAGGUUCGCGCAGCCCGACACUGCUCUUCCUCCGCCUCCUCACGAGCACAAGCAGCCAGGUGAGGGAGGCAAUCCACAGAGCUUCUUCCCGGCGCCCACCAGCGACGUGGACUUCAAGUCGGCACCGCGCGUCCCUAGGGAUGUGCCGGCGCAGAAUGAGGAGUCCCACACCAUCCGGGAAGAGCCUCCCAUGGACAAGGACCCAACGCCACAGUCCGAGAGGAAGCCCACGCCACAAAGUGCACGAUCAGUCGGUGCCCCGCAGAGCUUCUUCCCGUCGCCCAGCAGCGGGGUGGACUUCGCCUGA